GGAAUGUUCAAUUAUAGUGAUUUUUGGGUGUCACAAAAAAAGUAUAUGCCUGUUGCGACGUGAGAUAAGCUUGUUGACUCAUAGGAAUUUGCUUCAGAUAAGAAUGGUGCUAUAUAACAUCGAACAGUUGCAAUCACGCAGUCAGUCUAUGGUCGUUUGACCACCGUGAAUUGUAUACGUACUACGUUUGUGUUACCUACUUUAACGCAUCAAUGGUCAUAGAGAGAUCAUUCAGCUUCGCAGACGUUAAUGAAAAUACCAGUAAACAGUAUUACUUUCAUUAGAUUUUACAUGACUUUCCUAAUCCUUUGAUAGACUCUAAAUAUUGGACAUCAUUUGAAAUUGGAUAUCAGUUGCCCUACCAACACUUAACUAUUACUUACUGUGCUACAUACUUUCUUCUUUAUUAUAAAGAUGGAAAACUUCAGUGAAAUAUGCACUAGUGCUUUCUUUUCCACACCCAUCGAGGAGAAUAUAGAACAAUUCAACAGUGAAUUCAAUCAGGAGCUGUCUAAAGUUUGUGAUGAAAUAGAGAAGCGUGAACUGUUCAAUUCAUCGUACGAUGAUGAGUUGUAUAAUCAAUGUUUGAUGGUUGAAACAACGUUGAUUCAACAACAAGUUGGAAGAGGUAUCAAACAAGGUAUCACUACCGAUGAAAAUAAGGUUACCAAGAAAGCAAAAUUUGAUGAAGGAGCUUCUACAUCAUCAAUUAAAACCAAUGACGUGGACAAUAAUAAGGUGGAAUGUGAUACAUGUCAUGUUUAUAUUAAUAAAAGGUAUCUAAACAACCAUUUAAAAAGUAAUACACAUGAAAAUAAUCUUUUAAAAUCACAUAAUUCAUUAACAAAUGUUAUAGUUGUUGAAACCGCUUUUGAGAAUCGAAUUUUAACAUAUAGAAUUAAUAGUAAAACACAUCAAUCGGGACAAUAUUUUGAAACACCGGAAUCGUUUUUAAAUUCAUUAAAAAUCGAUAUCUUAUUUUUGAUAAAUGAAUGCAUUCAACAACAUACAAUUUUUAAAAUAAACUUCUUAUUGCAUGCUGAUUUCAUACAACAAACUAAAGAUAUUAAAAAUACAUUUGAUUUUCCAACGUUUAAUUACAUAAUUUGUCAGGGAGAUGACUUAAACAUCUUUUAUUUAUCAUUAAUAGACACAGUAGUCGGUAAAAUUUGUCAAUUUGAAAAAAAAGAUAGUGGUUGGAGUCUUAAUCAAAUUAAAUACAUAGAUAUGAAUGUUUACAAAUUCAACCCCCUACGUGGUAGUUCUUAUAUCAACCUUCCUCAAGAUAUUAAAUCAAAAAAAGCUGUAAUCAAUGUUAAAAAUAAUGAUAAUAUGUGUUUCAAAUGGGCAUUACUCUCCGGUUUAUAUCCUGUAUGUAAAAAUGUAGAUCGGGUAGCAUCUUACGCAAUUCAUGGAAAUAAACUAAAAUUUACUGGUAUUUCUUUUCCGGUUAAAAUUGUAGAUAUAUCAAAAGUAGAGAAAUUUAACAAUAUUAGUAUUAAUGUUUUUGGCUUAGAGUAUAAUAAAGAAAAAAAGUGUAAUUCUGUUGUAGGUCCUUUAUAUUUAUCAAAAUGUCGUACAUCUAAUCAUAUUAACCUACUAUAUAUAUCGAAUGGUACUAACAAUCAUUACUGUUAUAUUAAAAACUUAUCGCGAUUAGUUAGUUCACAAAUAUCAAGACAACAUCAUGCAGUUUAUAUAUGUGAUUCAUGUUUACUUCAUUUCCCAUCAAAGGAAAGACUUAAUAACCAUCAUCAAUAUGAUUGCGCUCACAUUUGUACGGAAUUACCAAACGGUGAGGAUUCCAAAAAGGAUUGGUUUGGUAAAGCAACCUCAAAUAAUAAAUUAAAAUUUGAUAAAUUCGCGAAAAAGUUGAAAAUGUCUUUUGUGAUUUAUGCAGACUUUUAGGCAUUUUUGAAUCCGAUAGAAUCAUGUAGUAACGAUACAUCCAAGCCUAGUACAAUUAAUAUUAAAAAACAUGAGGUGUAUAGUUUUGGAUAUUACAUUAAAUGUUCAUAUGAUAACAGAUUAUCAAAAUAUGAGACUUAUAGUGGGUCAAACUGUGCACAAGUGUUUAUGAAUCGCCUUUGUGAAGAUGUGAAAGCAAUAGUUAAAAAAAAUACUUUCCAUAAAUGUCCCGUUCCAUUAUCAGAUGAAGAUAAAAUUAAAAUUUCAAAUUCAAACAUAUGUCAUAUUUGUGAAACUGAGUUAAAUGAAGAUGUUUUUUACGAUUUUGAUUGGCACACUGGCAGUUUUAGGGGUGUUGCACAUCAAGUGUGUAGUUCUAAGUACAGAACCCCUCGUCAUAUCCCAAUAUUUUUACAUAACUUCAGUCACUACGAUGCUCAUUUCAUUGUCAAUGCAUUAAACCUCGAUGAUGACAAAUUUGAAGUUAUUCCACAAAAUAAAGAACGAUACAUAUCAUUUUCAAAACAGUUAACAAUAAAUAAUCAACCAGUAAGUUUAAGAUUCGUAGAUUCACUGAAAUUUUUAUCGUGUAGUUUAGAUCAACUAGCUAAAAAUCUUAAUGAUGAUCAGUUUACAGAAUUAAAAAGGAACUAUCCUAAUAAUGAAGAUUUUUCACGUUUAAGACGGAAAGGUAUUUAUCCUUAUGAUUUUAUGUGCAAUAGUGAUUGCUUGAAACAUCCAUCACUUCCUGAUCAACACCAAUUUUAUAGUUCACUCACAGAUUCAAAUAUUUCAAAUGAUGAUUAUAAUCACGCAAAAGAUAUUUGGCAACAUUUUAAGUGUAGU